AUGGAACAAUUUGAACAACCAUCAAACUUCCAAAUCAAACGACCUUGGGAGGAAAAGGAAGAAACCACAUUAGUUGGUGCUUGGAUCUUGGUGUCCGAUGACCCAAAGUUUAUCGGGAUCUUGGGUUCUUGCAACUUGCAUGUUGGGCGAAAGUUCCUUCUUUUCCCAUUUCAAAAGGGGGUGGAUUUGAUGGAGAGCACCUACAAUGAAAAUAUCAAAUCCCUAAAAAAUAUGAAAACGGUGAUUGAGAAUAUAACUGAGGAUUGUGAGAAGUUUCUUCAAGACUACUUCAGGUUUGAUUCAUUCGUCAUUAGACUUAAUUAA